AGUUGGCCUUAGCAGGCAAACUUUUCCUUCAGUUUCCCGUUUCCCGUUCCCGAAACACUUGCCUUAACUUUAUUUUUUAUUACAGACACAGACUAUCGAAAUUCUGGGUAGUAUCCUCCUUCACUCUAAUGGCGCCCCCCAAGAAAUCAAAGAAAAGCAAGAAGGAAUCCAGAAAAGCGAACAACUCUCCUAAUGAACCCAAACCCAUAGAUUCCGACUGGUGGGACUGUUUCUGGCAAAAAAAUUCUUCCACCCCAGGUUAUUCAGUUCCAAAUGAGGAAGCAGAAGGGUUUAAGUAUUUCUUUAGAGUCUCUAAAAAGACUUUUGAAUACAUUUGUUCUUUAGUUAGAGAAGAUCUUGUGUCAAGACCACCAUCUGGACUCAUCAACAUUGAAGGUAGACUUCUUAGUGUUGAGAAACAGGUUGCUAUUGCACUCAGAAGGUUGGCUUCUGGGGAGUCCCAAGUCUCAGUUGGGGCUGCUUUUGGUGUUGGCCAAUCCACUGUUUCUCAGGUUACUUGGAGAUUCAUUGAAGCCUUAGAGGAGCGAGCCAAGCACCAUUUAAGGUGGCCGGAUUCAGCUAGAAUGGAGGAGAUCAAAUCCAAACUUGAAGCAGAGUUUGGAUUGCCCAAUUGCUGUGGCUCCAUUGAUGCAACACACAUUAUUAUGACCCUGCCUGCUGUUCAAACUUCGGACGAUUGGUGUGAUCCAGAGAACAACUACAGCAUGCUCGUGCAGGGAGUUGUCGACCAUGAGAUGAGAUUUCUUGAUAUGGUCACUGGUUGGCCUGGUGGUAUGUCAGUAUCUAGAGUGUUGAAGUUUUCUGGAUUUUAUAAACUUUGUAACAGCGGAGACCGAUUAGAUGGGAAUUCAACAACUUUAUCUGGAGGAGUUGAGAUUAGAGAGUACAUUGUUGGUGGGGCUGCAUAUCCUCUACUUCCCUGGCUCAUAACACCUUACGAGUCUAGUGGACUUGUGAGUUCCAUGGCCAGUUUUAAUGCGAAGCAUGAGGCUGCAAGGUUGCUUGCUGUGAGGGCAUUCUCUCAGUUAAAGGGGGGCUGGAGAAUUCUUAACAAGGUUAUGUGGAGACCAGAUAAACGUAAACUGCCAAGCAUUAUUUUGGUAUGUUGUUUGCUUCACAAUAUAAUAAUUGACUGUGGAGAUAAGUUGCAUCCAGAUGCUGCUCUAUCAGGACAUCAUGAUUCAGGAUAUGGAGAACAGUACUGUAAGCAAGUUGAUCCUUUGGGAGAGAAUUUGAGGGAAAAUUUAGCCAAAGUGUUUACAAAAGCGCAUGUUGAACAAACUUCACUAUCUAAAUAAUUUUUUAAUUUUUAUGUCCUGUAA